AUAGUUUGUCAUUUCAGUUGCUUUCCAUUUGUUCUGACUAUUACACAAAAAGAAAUACUGCAUUAUUGAAGUAUAAUUAGUUUUGUUUUUAAAGAUAAAUACUAUUUUGAUGUCUUUCCCCUGGAAAUUGACCUUGAUGUCUUGGACAUUUAUGGUGUUACAUGUUUUUACUGAGAUGUUUAGAUUAUGCUGCUGGAAUGCUGAUGAAGUUUUCCCUUUCCUGUAAAUGACCUUUCUGACAAAGACUAAUCAUAGGUUUGUCAUGACAUAAGUUGUAGAAGUUAAUCAUGAUGUUUUUGUACAAAAAUUCUUAAAAUUAGAUUUUUAGAGAAGAGAGACAAGAUUUGAGCAGUUAACUUUGCAUGCUGCUGCAUGUUUUCUGAGUAUAGGAGAGUUCCUGCCCCGUGUAUGAUGGUCUCCAGAGGAUGAGCAUGGAGACGAGGGAUGUUUUCUUCUCAGAUCUUGGUCGCACCGUAGGUUUUUGUUGUUUUAUAUGUUUGUUUUCUGAGACAAGAGCUCACCAGGUAGCCUGGCUGGCCUCAAACUUGUGAUUCUCCUGCCUCAAGCUUCCUGAAUGCCUAGUUCUGGAGUAGGUUUUAGUACUGGGUACUUGGCCUGUUCUGUCGGGUGGCAAGAGCUUUAUUUGCAGUUUACAGAGUUACAUGUGCUAUCAUAUAUCCAUUUUCUCCUUCCAAAGUUUCCCUGGAAUCUGGGCCCCUGGAGACGCAGCGCUGGAGCAGAUGGAUAAUGGAGACUGGGGCUAUAUGAUGACUGACCCAGUCACAUUAAAUGUAGGUGGACACUUGUAUACCACGUCCCUCACUACACUGACGCGUUACCCGGAUUCCAUGCUUGGAGCUAUGUUUGGGGGAGACUUCCCCACAGCUCGAGACCCUCAAGGCAAUUACUUCAUUGAUCGAGAUGGGCCUCUCUUCCGAUAUGUCCUCAACUUCUUAAGAACUUCAGAGCUGACCCUACCCCUGGAUUUUAAGGAAUUUGACCUGCUUCGGAAAGAAGCAGAUUUUUACCAGAUUGAACCCUUGAUUCAGUGUCUCAAUGACCCUAAGCCUUUGUAUCCCAUGGAUACUUUUGAAGAGGUUGUGGAGCUCUCUAGUACUCGGAAGCUUUCCAAGUAUUCCAAUCCAGUGGCUGUCAUCAUAACUCAGUUAACCAUCACCACCAAGGUCCAUUCCUUACUAGAAGGCAUCUCCAAUUAUUUUACCAAGUGGAAUAAGCACAUGAUGGACACCAGAGACUGCCAGGUUUCCUUUACGUUUGGACCUUGUGAUUAUCACCAGGAAGUGUCUCUCCGGGUGCACCUGAUGGAGUAUAUUACAAAACAAGGGUUCACAAUCCGUAACACUCGGGUACAUCACAUGAGUGAGCGGGCCAAUGAGAACACAGUGGAACACAACUGGACUUUCUGCAGAUUGGCCCGGAAGACAGAGGACUAAUCUUCAGGCCCAAGAAGUUCCUGAAACAGACUCUCCAGGAAGUGGAAGAGACUGCUUUUCUGUUUUCUUCUGUUUUUGCUUUUUCUUUUUCUGAUUUUUUAAAAAUAUUUGUAUUUAUUUGAAGGCAUUGAGGACCAGAAGGUUUUGUGGAUUGGCAGUCUCCUCCAGGUUUUGUUCCCUUUACCCUGAGUAUGCAUGUGCCUGUUUAGAGUCUUCAGAUACCUUUUUUAUAAAAAGAAGUCUGAAAAUCAUUAUGGUAUAUAAUCUACCCUUAACAGAGCUUUUUAUUAUUAUUAUUAUUAUUACAGUGCUAAAAUGAUUUCUGACAAAAUGGUCCCUAACUCAACUAGAAGGCUAAAAAUACAGGAAUAAAAGAAUGAGGGGAAUACUAUCUCAUGAUGCCUUUGAGGAAAAAAAAAUCAAAAUAUCAUGUAGGGCGACCUAGUUUCCAAGCCAAUAAGCAGUAUUGUAAUAUUAAAAGAAAACUUCCAAUCAUUUAAAGGUACUUGUUAAGUACUGCUUUUUACAGUUAUGACAACUGUUUCUUUCUAUGCAUAUAAAUCAAGCAACCAAAUAUAUAUAGCCAUGGAAAUGUCUGACUAGAAAUAUUUAUAUUGGAUUCUGAAUACAAAAUGUCCCUGUGGUAGAAAUCUUCUUAUGCCUGGUACAGUAUAAUUCCCAAGUGUACUGUUGACCAGGAAAAAAAAAAACCUAAUAAAAAAGUGAACUACGAAAA